AGCUAAUAAAGCCAAUUAUAAUUAAGGAGAUAUGGGUUUUGGUCAAUCAUCAAUACGUUCCUUCAUGAUCUUGAUAUUCCUCUUCAGCUAUCGUCAAGUCUCUGUCAACGGUCAGAAUUUAACGGAAGGGUUCUACUCGGUGGCAUGUCCUCUUGCAGAAACCAUCGCCCGAGCAACCAUAAGGACUUACUUCCUUGUACAACCGAACAUCGCACCGGGGCUGCUAAAACUGCACUACAGUGAUUGUUUCGUCGAAGGUUGUGAUGGCUCGGUGCUAAUCUCGGGGCCUAACACCGAGAGAACCGCAGAUGCGAACCUCAACCUUCGUGGGUUCGAAGUCAUUGAAGACAUCAAGAGACAGCUUGAGGUCGUUUGUCCAGGUGUUGUCUCAUGUGCCGAUAUUUUAGCUUUAGCCGCUCGUGAUGCCGUUGUCCUCACGAACGGACCAAGUUGGGACGUAAAAUCAGGACGUAAAGAUGGACGAGUUUCUUUAGCAGCCAAUGUUAAAAAUCUCCCCUCUCUUUCUCACUCCAUCACCGUUCUGCUCAACAAUUUUGCUGCAUUGGGACUUAACACAGAAGAUUUCGUUGCUCUUUUUGGAGGGCACACGAUCGGAACCGCCGCGUGUAGGUUUAUCACUGAUAGGAUAUUCAGCACCAUCGAUCUGACCAUCGACCCACUGUUCUUGGCGCAGUUGCAAAGUUCAUGUCCCAUAAACGGAAGCGGUUCGAGCCGCGUGGCUCUAGACACGGGAAGUGAACUCGUCUUCGACACCUCUAUUUUCAAGAACAUCCUCAACGGUCGCACGGUCCUCAAGACGGAUCAGAUUCUUUUGACCAAUCCAAUGAUUUACCGUAUGCUGCAGGACUUCGUAACUUUUCAAAGAUUCAACACAAUAUUUACAAGGGCAAUGGCCAAGAUGAGUGGAAUCGGGGUGAAAACAGAAUUAAAUGGGGAAAUUCGUAGAAACUGUUCUAAGGUUAACUAGAACUUUGCUUCAAGGAAAAGAAAGGGUUAACUGGUACUUUGAUUAAUCACUGGCUAUGUAUUGUGAUGAUAAGACUGAUAAUGUGGGUGAAAUGAUGGAGCUAAUGUACCCCCUUUCCUGAAUUGUUCCUUAAUAAACAGA